CCUAGGGAUGGGCGGAGCCCCGGCUGCUAGUGCUGGUGGCCGCCGCCGCUGCCCAAGCUGGGGACCGAGCCGCCGCCUCUGCUCCCGCGCGUCGUGGCUUCCCAGGCGGCGGAAUGCUGGGGAAAGGCGUUGUCGGCGGUGGCGGCGGCACCAAGGCGCCCAAGCCGUCCUUCGUGUCGUACGUGCGCCCUGAGGAAAUUCACACAAACGAAAAGGAAGUAACAGAGAAGGAAGCAACUCUUCACUUGUUGCCAGGUGAACAGCUGCUUUGUGAAGCCAGCACAGUCCUGAAGUAUGUGCAGGAAGAUUCCUGUCAGCGUGGAGUCUACGGGAGACUUGUCUGCACAGACUUUAAGAUUGCCUUCUUGGGUGAUGAUGAAUCUGCUUUGGAUAAUUACGAGACUCAAUUUAAGAAUAAGGUUAUAGGAGAAAAUGACAUUACACUCCAUUGUGUGGAUCAGAUUUAUGGAGUGUUUGAUGAGAAAAAAAAGACUCUCUUUGGACAGCUAAAGAAAUACCCUGAGAAACUUAUCAUCCACUGCAAAGACCUCCGAGUGUUCCACUUUUGUCUGAGGUACACAAAGGAAGAGGAAGUCAAAAGGAUUGUCAGUGGUAUAAUUCAUCAUACCCAAUCUCCUAAACUGCUGAAGAGAUUGUUUCUGUUUUCCUAUGCACAAAACAACACAGCCACUAAACCCAGGAACCAUACAGUAAUGUUUGACACACUUAAGGACUGGUGUUGGGAACUGGAGCGGACCAAAGGCAACGUGAAAUACAAACCAGUGAAUGUCAAUGAAGGCUACAAAGUUUGUGAGAGGUUGCCAGCAUACUUUGUUGUCCCCACCCCUCUUCCUGAGGAGGAUGUGAAACGCUUUCAGGGUCAUGGCAUACCAAUAUGGUGUUGGUCCUGCCACAAUGGAAGUGCCCUUUUGAAAAUGUCAGCACUGCCCAAAGAACAGGAUGAUGGCAUUUUGCAAAUCCAGAAGAACUUCUUGGAUGGAAUUUACAAGACCAUCCACAGGCCACCCUAUGAAAUUGUUAAAACUGAAGAUCUAUCAAGCAACUUCCUGUCCUUGCAGGAAAUCCAGACUGCAUACUGUAAAUUUAAGCAGCUAUUUCUGAUAGAUAACAGUACUGAAUUCUGGGACACAGAUAUAAAAUGGUUUUCUCUCCUAGAAAGUAGCAGCUGGCUUGAUAUCAUCAGACGUUGCCUGAAGAAAGCAAUAGAGAUUACAGAAUGUCUGGAAGCACAAAACAUGAACGUUCUUCUUUUAGAGGAGAACGCCUCCGACCUCUGCUGCCUCCUUUCCUCUCUGGUACAAGUGAUGAUGGAUCCCCACUGUCGUACCAGGACUGGUUUCCAGAGCCUUGUACAAAAGGAGUGGGUCAUGGGUGGCCACUGUUUCUUGGAUCGUUGCAACCAUCUCCGCCAGAAUGACAAAGAAGAGGUUCCUGUGUUCCUGCUUUUCUUAGAUUGUGUCUGGCAGCUGGUACACCAGCAUACCCCAGCAUUUGAAUUCACCGAGACUUAUCUGACCGUCUUGUCAGAUAGCCUGUAUAUACCUAUUUUUAGCACCUUCUUCUUCAAUUCACCUCAUCAAAAAGACACUAACAUGGGUAGGGAAAGCUUGGAUACACAAAGCAAGCCUUUGAAUCUGCUCACCGUGUGGGAUUGGUCUGUACAGUUUGAACCCAAAGCCCAGACAUUGCUUAGAAACCCUCUCUAUGCAGAAAAGCCAAAGCCGGACAAAGGCCCACGGAAAGGAAUGCGUUUCAAACAUCAACGACAACUUUCUUUGCCACUUACCCAGUCUAAAUCAUCUCCCAAAAGAGGAUUUUUCAGGGAAGAGACAGAUCACUUAAUUAAAAACCUUCUGGGCAAGAGGAUUAGUAAACUUAUUAAUUCUUCUGAUGAGCUGCAAGACAACUUUCGAGAGUUCUAUGACAGCUGGCACAGCAAGCCCACUGACUACCAUGGUUUGUUGUUGCCUCAUAUCGAGGGACCAGAAAUCAGAGUCUGGGCUCAGCGCUACUUGCGUUGGAUUCCAGAAGCCCAAAUCCUAGGUGGUGGCAGAAUGGCCGUUAUGAGCAGACUCUUGGAAAUGAUGGAGGAAGUCCAGGACUUACAGGAGAAAAUCAACGAGAGACAUCCGAGCCAGGCAGCCCUCCAUGCAGAGACGCGGCAUGCGGAGGCCUCCUGCCUGCUGAGGAACUCUGCCCGCCUGUCCUCCUUGUUUCCUUUCGCUCUGCUCCAGCGGCAUUCAUCCAAGCCUGUCUUACCCACCAGUGGCUGGAAAGCUUUGGAAGAUGAAGAAGAUCUGGCCAAACGAGAAGAUGAGUUUGUAGAUCUUGGGGAUGUAUGAUUGUAUGUUCAGUGGUUGUGAAGGUAGGCUCGGACUGUUGAUCCUGGGACUUCUAUCACGCAAAUGCUGAGAGUCAGCCCAGUGCUCUGAUGGAGAACACCUGGGCCUUUAGGAAAAGAACUGGUCAGUAUUUCACAGUUCUGAAAGACUGCAAUUUCUAUAGUGUUACUAAUUGGAAGGGAUCUCUACUUGACCUGUCAUAGGAUUAUGGCCAAUUUCACAGAACCUGGAAUGGCUGGUUUAUUACUGGAAAAAGCUUCAGUAAGAUAUUCUUGGGCUUGAUAUUUUCUUCUGAUCCUUUCUGUGCCAAGAUAAUAUAAUUAAACAUCGAGAAUAUAAGUUUCUGUAUAACCGUCUCAGUCAGGAACAAGGUCAGCUUUAUGUGGCAUUUGAAUGAAGUGAAAUAUAGAAAUAGACAUAUUUACUUAAACCCUAGCAUUUUCCCUUUCUGUUCCCUUCUCUAUAGGAAAACUAGGAAAUGCCACUGAUGUGGCUCAUGCUAACACUCAGCCCCUCCUCCCUCCUUCCUGGAUUGUUAUGGCGAUAUGGGGCUGGGAGUGGAGGGGUAGAGUGUGGACUAGCCAACCACUUGCCCUUUGUUCUGUGCUGACAGCUCUGGGUCUUUCCUCUUCCUGCUCUGUGCACCUUGGCUCACAUAGCCGAGUGUCUUGCUGCUAAGCCAGCAUUUAUACUGGGGGGGGGGGGGGGGGUGAGGAGGAAGGAGAUCUUUGUUUGACCACAGGAGCUUCUAAUCCUCUGGAGAACAGUGUUUGAACAACUUGCUGAGGACUAGAACACCUCUGUGCUGUCUGCAGCCCUUAGUCUUUUCCCGUUCCCUUCACAGAAGCUGGAGUGGGUCCCAUUUGAAUGUGGCUUUCGUAGGAAAGCAGUUAAGCGUACAUGUCUGAAGUGGUGAUUAUCACAGGAUACCUCAGUGAUUUCAAAAGCCAUAGAAGAAACUCGACUAUGCCUGGUCACCUUCCUCGAUCUGCUGUCUAAAUGAUAUAUAUUUUUUUAAUGUGUGAAAGUAUACUUUUUAAGGACCAGUAUUUUCAUUCUCAAUAGAGCCCUGCCAAAUCCUGCAAAAGAAAGUUUAAAAAAAUCAUAUUAGAAUGUUUUAAAAUGAAUGUUUGCCUUUUGUAUGUAUUUGCUGUCCAGGAAAAAUCCCAACUUGAAUGUUAAUUAUUUAGAAAAACUCUCAGUUGCUCAAGAGCAGUAAAAAAUCUUGAAACUAUUCACAAAGAGUUUCUGAUUUGCACUGAACUGUCUUUUGUACAUACAAUCAUUUUGCUCUUCUUCUCUGCACGAGUGCAGAGUGAGGCCUGUAGGCUAUUGAGAUGGCAGGUUGUGGGGAGGGCAGGCUUCCUGCUCAAUCUUGCUUGCCUUAAGAUAAGGUCUUACAGGCCGGGUCCACGUUAGGCUUGCCACGGGAGUUUAAAGUGUGCUAUUUCCUUAGCUACCUUCACAUGUACUCUGUGAGCCUUCUUAGCCAGCACUAACCUCUACUUUGCCACCCCAUUGCCUCCCAAAUACCCUAUGGGCCUAACUAUUUUGUUACUAUUAUAACAUGAAUAUUUAUAUUAUCGUCUCUCCAGUCUUACCAAUUUCCAUUCCAAAAGUUUUUAGUGUGAUGCCUUACACUCCAUACAGUGUAGUUUAAAGGCACAAGGUCCUGGCUUUUAUCAUAGCAGUUGAAUGUGCAUUGAAAUAUUUUUCUAUAAUUUUUUAAAAUUCACAAUAGGAAAAUAAGCAAGCUAUUGUAGCACGCAAGGUCAUGACUAUGUAUUUAUAUUUGAAAUGAGAUUUCUAUAACUUGUAUUUGUGUACAGAAUUCUCAGUGAGUUUAUAUAUUGUGAAAUUUUCAUUCCAGAUUGAGAUGUGGACAUGCUUAAUAGUAAAAGCUGAAAUGAGACCAUUUACUUGGUUUAAAAUGCUGCACUGUGCAAGUUUGGAAAUGUACAAUAAUAACUUACUGUAUAUAAUAUCUUAAGUUUGCUUAUACCUCCAAGUUUUUACACUGAAGAUAAACUAGCUUUAAUCAAAUUCAAUUUUUUAAAGGGAAUAAGCUGUUGGGCAAGAUCUGUACAAAUGUGCUUUUAUGUUCUGAUGUAUAAUGAAGUUUAUACUUGUAUCUCACUGCGUCGUAUCUGAUUGCAGAGAUUAAAGCACAACUUACAAGCAA